UAGUUCAUGCUGUAUAGUUAGUAUAUAAAGCGUCGGUGGUACUGUAUCUUAUCUCAUUCGAAAAUUUCUGUGGUUUCUGUAACAUACACGCGAUUGUGCCUCGGUGUAUUUCGAUACCAGUCGGAUUGGACCGAUUUUGCGCGAAAUUUUGUUUCAAGUGUCAAAUUUUGAAACACUCCCAUAAUUAUUAACCUAUACAAAUAUGGGUCUGUUGUCUGAAGGAAACCCUUUAUCUUGGGAGGAAACGAAAAACCUCGCGGAACAUGUACGAAAACACGGAAUUAUUCAAUUUAUUAACUUAUACAAGAGGCUCAGAGACAGGCAAGGUGAUAUACUCAAAUGGGGUGAUGAGGUAGAAUAUAUGCUUAUUAAAUUUGAUGAUGAAGCAAAAACUGCAAAGCUUAGUUUAAGGGCUGUAGAAAUAUUGAAAACUUUAAAUGAAAAAGAAUAUAAUGAUCCAGAUAAUAUUAAAUCAUUAUGGAGACCUGAGUAUGGAGCUUAUAUGGUUGAAGGAACACCAGGAAAACCGUAUGGAGGUCUAUUAGUCCAUUUUAAUGUUGUUGAAGCCAAUAUGAGGUAUAGAAGGCAAGAAGCUACAAAAUUACUUCAACCCAAUGAAGUUUUAAUGUCUCUAACCAGUUUUCCAAGAAUAGGAGCAUCUGAUUUUACAGAUCCUCCUACACAACCAACACCAAACACUGGUGUAUCAAGAAGUUUAUUUUUCCCAGAUGAAGCUAUAUAUCCAGGUCAUCCGCGAUUCAAAACAUUAACAGGCAAUAUAAGACAACGACGCGGAGAAAAAGUUGCUAUAAACAUUCCUAUUUAUAAGGAUAAGAAUGUUCCAAAUCCAUUUAAAGAAGAUUUUGGUGCCUUGAUUAAUGAUGAGUCUAAGAGUGCAGCUAAAGAAGAUCAUAUUUAUAUGGAUGCUAUGGGUUUUGGAAUGGGAUGUUGCUGUUUGCAACUUACAUUUCAAGCUUGUAACAUAGAAGAAGCAAGGACAUUGUAUGAUCAAUUAACACCCUUAUGCCCAAUAAUGUUGGCUCUAACCGCGGCUAGCCCAUUUUAUCGAGGAUAUAUAAGCAAUGUUGACUGUCGAUGGAAUGUGAUAUCGUGUUCUGUUGACUGUAGAACACAGGAAGAACGUGGUUUAAAGCCUCUAAAGGAAAACAAAUUUAGAAUCAAUAAAUCUAGAUAUGACUCUAUUGACUCAUAUCUCAGCGAACAAGGAGAAAAGUACAAUGAUGUUCCUUUGACAUAUGAUGAUGAAGUAUAUAAACAACUUUUGGAUAAUGGAAUCGACAAAUUAUUAGCACAACAUAUAGCUCAUUUAUUUAUCAGGGACACUGUAUCUCUAUUUUCUGAAAAAGUGUAUCAAAAUGACCAAGAAGAUACCGAUCACUUUGAAAACAUCCAAUCAACUAACUGGCAAACAAUGCGAUUUAAACCACCGCCGCCAAACUCUCCUAUAGGAUGGCGUGUUGAAUUUCGCCCAUGCGAAGCUCAAAUUACAGAUUUUGAAAAUGCUGCGAUAGUCUGUUUCGUUGUUCUCCUUACAAGAGUUAUCUUAAGUUAUAAAUUGAAUUUAUUGAUACCAAUUAGUAAAGUUGAUGCAAACAUGGCUAGAGCUCAAAAGAGAAACGCAGUUAAGGCGGAAAGAUUUUGGUUCCGCCGAGAUAUUACAUCGGAUGCAAAAAACCAAGAUGGGCAAGCAGAAUACACAGAGAUUACCAUUAAUGAAAUUAUCAAUGGAAAGGAUGGUGUCUUUCCUGGCUUAAUACCACUUGUAAAUUCGUAUUUAACUAGUAUGGAUAUAGAUGCUGAUACCCACUGUACUGUACAAUCAUAUAUGAGACUAAUACAAACAAGAGCUUCUGGAGAACUAUUGACAACUGCUGCAUGGUUAAGAAAGGAAGUUAUUUCACAUCCAGCAUACAAAAACGACUCUGUAAUAACACAGCGCAUCAACUACGAUUUAUUAAAAAAAAUACAGAAAAUUGCUACAAAUGAAAUAUCCUGUCCAGAAUUACUUGGCACGUGUAUAUCAUCUAAAACUAAUGAAACAAUACCUGCAGCAGUUGCAAAAGCAGAAAAAAUUCCACUAUGAAAAGUUGAUAGCAAUACACUUACAUAGUUCAUAGAUAAUUUAGAUGAGAUUUUAAUUUAUACACUUCGUAUAUUGUACAUAUAUAACGUAAGUAACAAGUAUUCAGGCACAAUACUUAAUGUUGGGUGUUUGCAAUCAAUCAUUUGACAGUUUUAUAAAUAGUUACAUUCCGUAAAAUAAUUUUACUAUUAAUGUAUUAAAA